UGAUUAUGCAGCUUGGGAAAGUAGGGGAGAAGCGGCGAAGCUGAUGGAGAUGGAGCGAUGAGUACAUGGCGGAGACGGCGAGAGGAGGUGGAGGAUGCGACAUGGCGGUCAUGAGAGUAUGUCGAUCAUGAGGAUGAGGAGAGGGUCUGGAGGACGAGGAGAGGAUGAGGACACAGAGGACUGAAAGUGAACUGCAAGGUGGGAUCUCAAGCUUAUCCAGGGGUUGCAAGUGAGGGUACCUGAUUGUGUGCAGAGCAGCAUGCAGAGCAUCUAGGGACGGGUACCGGGAUCGCUGCAUUAAGGUUGAUGGCGUCUGCGUGGAGGAGCUGGUGAUUGUCGGCGCGGGACGUGUGCGCGGCGGUUUCAAACCCUCCAUCGACUGUUGGGAACUAUCGCGAUUAUCUUGAAUUCUUGAGCUGAACAUGAACAAAUCUCUCAAGAGCAGGCCCAGCACGGCCAACUCUCUCGGGAUGAGGUCCCCCGGCAAGGCUCACGCUGACAACCCGGACCUCCAUCCGGGAAGGAAGCUCUGCUACUAUUGGAAGCGAGAACACGAAGAGCUCAAAAAGAUGGUGGAGAUGGGGAGCAUCAGGUUCGACACCCCCCUGGAGAUAGACGUCGAGGUCUGCAUCGCGGAUCGAACCAAGUCUCUGUCGCUGAGGGAGUCCUACAAGGAGGGUACCCCGUACAACCGCUACGAGACUAAUUACAACUCGCUGGUGAGGGAGGUGGAGUCGAAGCUGGCUGAAACUCCGGACGGGGACGCGAUGUGGAACGUCAAGGUGAGCAAGAACGAUCCCCAGAGGUGCCUCGGCCCGCAGUCCCUCGACCCUUCCCUCCGCCGACCGAGACUGGGCUCGUUCGAAAUCCUACUGUCCUGGGGAUCGAGCAACUGGUCGUCAGGUAGAGGAGGCAGGCAGUCCGUCGUCCUGUUCUCGAAGCUUAACACACUCAAGUUCCCGAACCCUCCUGACGUCGUCGACUACCUCGUGCGCGUGCUGAGCGGAGCGAGGAUCACGCAGUUCGAGGUGCUGGUUCGCAAAGUCCCCGAGGGCCUCCCGUGUGCUGGAGCCCUGGUCGAAGUCCACGACCAAUCGACGGAGGAAGAGUUCCAUCCUCCCAACAGCCACUCGAGGACGGACGGGAGGGGUUCGCAGAUGCUGCACUUGCCCUUCAGGAAGAGCCUCACCGCCAUCGCCAGGCUCCCCGCCUCCUCCGAGGACUCGGGCGACCUCCAGGGGUCGGCGACCUUCGACGUCCAUGGAGAUCUUUCCAAGAGCAUCUGUGUGCCGCUCGUUCCUCCCCUUCCUGACGGGCAGGUCAGGAUCGUGCUGACGUGGGCCGAGUACCCGCACGAGGUAUUCCUCAAGGUCAAGACGCCGGAGGGGAACAUCAAGUCCCCGUCCCCUGGCGUGGAGGGCCUAGAUAUCCCCAAGGAUAUCCUGAUGGGCCAGCAGACGCUGGAGAACGCAAAGUUCGAGGUCGCCCCGACUGAAGGAGGAUUCGGGCCGAUAUCGGUCCUCCUGUCCGGCCUUAUCCCCGGGCGCUAUCAUAUCUACGCUCACUGCGAAGCGUACAAAGUGGGAGGAAGAGACAUCGGCUGGUCCAACUCCAACGCAGAGCUUCGCUUCUACACACCAGAGGACAUGGCAUGGGAGGGAGCGCGGAGCUUCAACUGCUGCGGACGAGAGGAGGCUGGCAGCUGGUGGGAUAUCUGCUUCCUGGAGGUCUCUGCCAGCGGAACCAUCGCCGUUCGCUCCUUCAACGAGCUCAAACUCGAGGAGCCGGGCUACCGCGACUUCCUCCUCCGUGUGGUCGACCUUGACGGCAUGCUCGUGCCGGGUGCCAAGGUUCAGGUCCAGCCGGAGUCGAGCACGCAAGUCGGGGACUUCGGGGUGUCUGACUCGCAGGGAGAGGCUCCCUCCCUGAAGAACAUUCGCUACGAGACGGCAGUACAUGAAGGUUUCGGUCCAAAAGUCAUCAGCCUCACACAAAGCAUGUCGGGCAAGUUCAAACUUUACGUCAUGAACCGCGAAGACGACAAGAAGAUCUUCGCCUGCAACCCUCUCGUCACCAUCAUCAUGUUCAACGGCAUCUGGAAAACCUUCAAGCUUGACGCCCAAAGCUGCCUCGAUCGAGUCGCCAAGGCAGAGAAGGACGAGAAGCUCUGCUGCUGGCACGUCUGCGAUCUACGUAUUGAGAGCGACAGUCGCUUCAGCGACCAGAGUAUCCUUUGCGAGGACGUGAACAAGCUUCUUGAUCACGAGGAGGGCAGCGCUACCAUUCCGCUCGUCCGUCCAGACUUCUUCCGCAGCGACACAGACCUCUGCUUCAUCCUCUCCUGGGGGGGCGCCGGCUCCGCCAACCUGCACAUGGAGACGCCAGGGAGGAACGUGCGGGUGGAAGAGGCGGAGACGUUCCCUGGCUCGGAUAAGAGCAUGAGAAUGAUCGGCAAGAACCCCCGUAGCUGCCUCCUCCGUGCCCCGCUGGAGGACGACUGCCCUUGGCUGUCAGAUUCCGGGAGCAGGAGAACCAACAGGGCGAUCGUGUCGGCGGGAGGGAGCAUGGAGCACUGGAACAUGCAACUCACGCUCUUCUCCAAGGAGGGAGUCGUACAAUCCUUCCUGCCUUCCAAGUCCAGCUCGCACAUCAAGAGCCCGACGCUUCGGAAGGGGAGCGUGUCGACGAUCAACAACGUGGCAGGACAGGACCCGGCGGGAGGGAGGCUGGUGACAGUCAAGAUCAACCCGGCGAGGAGCGACUCCGACUUGACCCCGUCGGCUCAAGUGUCCGUGAGGAGUAUGGACGAGACUGUGCCUCUGAGGAUCUUCCCUGCCCCCCUCACGCCUGACCAUCCCGAGUACACGCGGCCCAACGAGUAUCGAUUCUUCUGCGAGUGGGGCAAGUACGAGGUAGAGGUCAAGGACGAGAAAUGUCACUCUCCCGCCCUCUACUCCGACCUCCUCGUCUCUAAUCAGAUCCAGCCUAGCGCCAGUUUCUGCAUGGCGGCGAUCAGCGACCUGGAUGCCAAGCAAGUCUUCAUCACGCUCUCCUGGGCCUCCUCUCCCAAGGACCUAGACCUCUGCCUCUGCAACCAGUUGAGCCGAUGCUCGAUGUACAUGUGGUUGCUGAAAAGGUGGCGCUUGAUGGGAGCAGAGAUGUACCUGCCUCGCCGUCAGCUCCUCACUCUCCAUCCUCCAAGGAGCAGGUAG